AGCCCAGAACACUGUUGCUCAGGGUGGAUGGAUUCCUAAGAGUUACAAGUGGAGCCCUGAUUGCCCUGGCCCGUGAGGACUCAGCAUGGAAUGUCUCUACCACAUCCUGGGAUUUCUGCUUCUGGCUUCAGGACUGCCACUCUGUGCCACCAAGAGAUUUCAUGAUGUGCUGGGCAGUGGAAGACAUCCUGGUGUUGCAAGGGAGCACAACCAGUUACAUGGCUGGUCUUCUGAUGAAAAUGACUGGAAUGAAAAGCUGUACCCAGUGUGGAAACCGGGAGAUGCAAGGUGGGAAAACUCAUGGAAAGGAGGCCGUGUGCGGGCAGUCCUGACCAGUGACUCCCCAGCACUGCUAGGCUCAAAUAUCACAUUUGUGGUGAAUCUGGUGUUCCCAAGAUGCCAAAAGGAAGAUGCCAAUGGUGACAUAGUGUAUGAGAAAAACUGCAGAAAUGAGUCUGGUUUGUCUCCUGACCCAUACGUGUACAAUUGGUCCAAGGACAGCGACUGGGGAAAUGACUCAGACAGAAGCCAGCACAUGUUUCCUGACGGGAGGCCCUUUCCUCACCCCCACCGAGGGAAGAAAGGGAAUUUCGUCUACAUCUUUCACACACAUGGUCAGUAUUUCCAGAAACUGGGCCGGUGUUCUGUGAGAGUUUCUAUUAACACGACCAACCUGACUCUUGGUCCUCAAGUCAUGGAAGUGACCAUCUACAGAAGACAUGGUCGGGCAUACAUUCCCAUCGCUCAGGUUAAAGAUGUCUACGUGGUCACAGGUGAGAUUCCUGUGCUUGUGACCAUGUUCCAGAAGAAUGAUCGAAAUUUCUCUGAUGAAACCUUCCUCCGAGACCUUCCAAUUAUGUUUGAUGUCUUCAUUCAUGAUCCCAGUCACUUUCUCAAUAAGUCUGCCAUUGACUACAAGUGGAAUUUCGGAGAUAACACUGGUCUGUUUAUUUCCACCAACCAUACUUCGAACCACACAUAUGUGCUCAACGGAACCUUCAAUCUUAAUCUAACUGUGCAAGCUGCAGUGCCCGGGCCUUGUCUUCCACCUGCACCCACCCCUUCUUUAGGGACAGCUGGUGACAACCUCCUGGAACUGAGUCAGGUUUCUGAUGAAAAUUGCCAGAUUUACAGAUAUGGUUACUUUAAGGCCACCAUCACAAUUGUAGAGGGAAUCCUAGAGGUUAACAUCAUCCAGAUAACAGAUGUGCCGAUGCCUGGCUUACAUCCUGACAACUCCCUGAUGGACUUCACGCUGACCUUCAAAGGGACGACCCCCACGGAGGUCUGCACCAUCAUCGCUGACCCCACCUGCCAGACCACCCAGAAUGUGGUCUGCAGCCCAGCAGAUGUGCACGAGAUGCACCUGUUGACCAUGAAGAGAGCCUUCAAUGGGUCUGGCACGUAUUGUGUGAACUUCACUCUGCAAGAUGACACAAGUCUGGCCCUCAUGAGCACGCUGAUUUCCAUUCCUGGCAAAGACACAGCUUUCCCUUUAAGAAUUGCAAAUGGUACCCUGAUCUCCCUCGGCUGCUUGGUCAUAAUUGUUCCUGUGAUUGUUAUGUUGAUGUACAAAAAACACAAGAAAUACAUACCAAUAGAGAAUAGUUCUGGGUAUGUGAUCAAAAAUAAAGGUCUGCAUGCUUGCCUUCACCAUACCACGGCUGCGAUCUUCUCAGGAAACCAGGAGAAGAAUCCAUUGCUGCAGGACAAACUGGGAAUUCCUUAAGUCUUCUGCUUUAUUUCUGACCAACAGCCCUCUCUUCGGUGCCAUUAAUGUGAGCUGUGCAAAAGUGGAUGGCCAUUAAUUCUUGUUUCAUAAAGAUUAUUCUGUAAUAUGUAUCAUGAUCUAGGGAGGUUAGCUAAAUGACAUUUUAGAGAAAUGAUCAAAUGACUUAGCACUACUGCCUUUCAUUAUGUGUUAUAAUUCACAUUGUUUAAGGUAGACAGACUGUGUCCCAAGAGUAAGAAGACUCAUUAGACUGUGACCCAGAUUAGGUGGAAAAAGAGGCUGGACAUUUUCUGUCUCUUUUUAUGUAAAAACAUCAUUGUAGUUCUGGUUAGAUUUAGCUCCAUGCUUAUUGAAUUCCAUUUCACUGAAUAUGCAUAAGCUUCUGAUGAAUCAAUAGCAAGUUCAAGCCUCUCAUAUGACAUGCACACUUGCCUUUUUAAAAAAAAA